AUGACCACCUGUCCGCUUCCCGAUGGUCAUGAUCCUCGUCUGGUGGGUCCGAGGAUAGAAUCGGCGUUGGAAAAGUCAGGCCAGUGGCGCUGCCGCCGGGGUCCUCUCUUUAUCACUGCCGUUGGCAACCUAACGCAGAUCCCUGGUGGUGACGAAUCCCUGCGAACGCUUUCUUCCACUGGAAUCGCUCUUAAACAUGCCCACGAUAUUCAAAGGGAUUUGUUUGAGUGGACUGAUGAGAAUCUUGCUCCGGCUACUAUAAUGCUCAUAACCAGUUCUAAGGACCUGAAAACUUUAGCUAGUACACUUUACGACAUAGAGAAGAAGGGAUACAGAAUUCUUCUCGCAUAUCCUCCACGAGCUCUAGCUCUCCGGCUAAGCAUUCUUAAAGAUGUUCCUGAAGAGUUGUUCUGGGAUAGCUUAAUGGCAGAUGCUGCUAUGGAGGAUAACAAACAGGAGCAACAAGACUUGUUCUUCAGGACUACAAGCGCAGUGAAACCGGUGAAACUCCCUUGUUUUGCUCAGAAUGCGAUUUUGGUGCCCAAAGCUUUGAAGAUUUCACCACGCAUCUCAAGAGUGAAAAACAUGCGUAUUCUGGAGGCUAGUCAUAACAAUGUGGAUCGACUAGACCCUGCUAACAUGGUGCUGGGUCGAUCAAAGGCAAGUUUUAAUAUCUCAUCUCAAGAGUGGGACUUGCUGGUUACUCAAGAUAUAGCGUAUCAUACUUCUUCUCCUCUAACACUAAAGGCAACAUUGACUUUGGAUUUACUGACUUUGGUUGAUGCUAAAACAUUCAAGGAACUCUGCAAGAUGUUGGAAUUUGAUGGUAAAACAUGCAACAAGGGAAACGGUUCUACCAUGGUGAAGAUUCGACCAGAGGAGGGAAACCCCUGUUUUACGUCUGUUACCAUGGAAGAAUGCAUGAUGAUGAUGAGAAAGUUAAAGACUGAGGAAGCUGCUGUAGAAGAGGAGAACCCCGAGAAGCCCAUUCAGUCCAUCCAAGUGCAACGGUCAUCUGCAACAGAACAAGAAGACAAACCAGUUAGUUCUGUGGCUAAGAGAGCGUCAAGGAAAAGCAUCUCCAGCUGUUCAAGUCAAGAUACGAUCUUAACUAAUAGGCUCAAAUGUUUAGAGGAUGAGGAUAAAAUGUAA